AUGGAAUUUAAUAUAAAAAGAAAAUCUAUAAAAACAGUUAGUACCGGUAGUUUGGUAGAUAAUUAUCCUCACGAUUUACAAAUGUAUAAAGUUCCUCCUGUAGAUGACAUAUCAUUACAAGAAUUUGAAACUUUAGCUUUAGAAAGACUGUCACUGUUAAGAUGUUUAGCAACUGCAACCACAUUAAAAGGUCUAAGAAUAUUUUCUGAAGAAUGGACAGACUUUGUAAUAAGCGAUUUAAAGAAUCAGGGAUUAAAGUACUAUGCAAAACUUUGUGAAAAAUCUAGCUGUGGAACUCUGCAAGCAGAUCUAGAAGCUAGACGGAAAGAUCAUAUAGCUCAUUUCAUACUGAGGUUAGCUUAUUGUAGAACUGAGGAAUUACGUCGUUGGUUUAUAUCCAGAGAGCUUGAGUUGUUCAAAAUGAGGUUUAUGACUAUGAAGACAGAUGCAAUUGAUGCUUUUUUUAAAAUAAACAAUCUAUGUUACACCAACAUUUCUGAUAGUGAAAAGAGUGAGCUUAUGAAAUAUUUAAGGGAAUCAACAUUUUAUCAGAGCAGUCAAAAUAUAGAAAACUUUAAAUUCUACAAAGUGAAGUUUUAUGAAGUUCUAGACUUGGUCAAAGCAAGAAAAGUAUACCUUCGUGGUGGAUAUGCUUACAUUCCUCAUAAAGAUUUUAUAUCAGUUCUUUCUGCACAGUUUAGGAUGCAUCUGCGUCAAACUUUGGCAAUUGCGUGUCACCAUUUAGGUGAAAUUGAACAGGAUGAGAGGCUGGUUUCCUUACUGAAAGGUUUGCAUCAAUCAUACUCUGGAAAUGAUUUUAUUAGCGACACUAAGGUGACAAUCCCUAUUGAAAGUAUUGAUUCCCUAUCCAUUAAAUCAUUUCCUCUAUGUAUGAAGCAACUGCAUGAACAGUUACGUUCAGUCCAUCAUCUUAAACACGGUGGGAGAUUGCAAUAUGGCCUUUAUUUAAAAGGAAUAGGUGUCACACUAGAAGAUUCACUGAGAUUUUGGAGAGAAGAGUUUACAAAAAUAAUGGAAUUAGACAAGUUUGAGAAACAAUAUGCAUAUAACAUAAGAUACAAUUAUGGAAAAGAGGGUAGUAAGAAAAAUUACACACCAUUUACUUGCUUGAAAAUCAUUAAUACAAAUGUAGGUCCAGGUGAUUGCCACGGCUGUCCUUAUCGUCAUUCUGAUACAAACAUCUUGAAGAAUAAAUUAAAAGGAUAUGGAUUAGAAUCUGAGGCAGUCAAUGACAUAGUUGACAUGACUAAGAAGGGCCACUACCAAAUUGCAUGCAGUAAAUACUUUGAUGCAGUCCAUAAAACAGAUUUCGGUUUAGGCAUUAAUCAUCCAAAUCAGUUUUUCGAAGAGAGUCAGAAAAUUCUCAAAGGCGAUAUUAAAGUAGAAGUGAAAAAAGACGAAAAACCUAAAAACAUCAAGAAAGAGUCGACUGAUGAGUUUGAAGAUAUGGACAUUGAUGAGGUCACAGAGAGGAAAGAAUAAUUUUUCCUAAUAAAACUAUUUAUCUAGAA